CAGCGAAUCAUUUUAUUAAUUUGAAUUUUAUACUUGAGACCUCGCGCGCCAAUUUUAAAGUAAUUUUUUUUAAAGAUUAUACAUAUAAAUAUAUGUGGCAUUAAUUUAAACUCGAACAUAUCCUUCAAAGCGAUAUUCUCACAAUAUUUGUUACAGUUCACAAGAAUGUUCCUCCCGUCUAUUAUUCUCUUGGCUUCAUUUCUUUCCUUCGCUGUAAAAGAUGCUAUGGCAUCACCAGCGCUAAACAAUUUUAGAGACGAUGACCAGAAUGCAACUGUUGCGGAAUGUGAUGCGUGUAUGGCAGGCAUGGAUUUAGUGUACUACAUCAUCACUGAUAAGUAUUGGGUAGACACAUACAUCAUAAUGGGCAAACAGCUGUGUGAAACACUUCCUCCUGGAAGUUUCCGGAAUACUUGCCUGACUUACGUCGAUGUGUAUUUUCCACACGCGUUGAAGGCGAUGGCAAUUGCAAUCCAACCUCAGUUCAUUUGUAAGGCAAUUCAAGCUUGCAACUCGACUGAGUCGCUUGUGUUCAAACCACGACGCCUUGAAAAUGAUACGACAGCGAUAUCUCAACUACAAAAUAUUUUAUUGAAAAUAAAAUCGGCAAAUGAGAAAUUCAGUUUGAAUUCUGCAUCAAAAAAUAUUUACACAUUACUCCAACAGAAUACUACCGUAGACAAUGAAACGUUAAUCGGUCAAUGUGAUGCCUGUAUUGCCGGAAUAAGCUUAUUCCACUUCGUUCUCACUGAUUCAUACUGGCGAGCAACAUAUUUAAUCAUAGGCGAACAAGUCUGCCUGUCUAUCCCACCUGGAAACCUUCAAAAUACAUGUAUGUUUUAUGUGGAUCAUUUCCUUGAUCAAGCCAUCACUGCAAUGGGGAAUGCAAUUCGACCAGAAUUUUUAUGCCAGGCUUUCCGUGAAUGCAACACUACUACAAACUCCAGUCAUGCAGGAUACCUAGACAUGGAUAAGAGUCACAAUAUUAAAGACUAUGCUUCCACUAUUCAAUCAUGGUUGGUAAAUUCAAAGUACACAGAUGUAUUGAUUUCCAUCAUUAACUUUAUUUGUGAACAAAUUAACCCGGAGGCUGAUAAGGAGGGAAAGUCGAAAUCCAAACGAGAUAAUUUAUCUCACCUGCAAUUGUUUGCACUUUACAUGAUUCCACUGCUAAUGAAAUUGAUGUAUUUAGCAAUUCCAGUUCUACAAACUGUUCUACAUCAAAUAAAGUGUGAAAUUUGUCAUAAUAAUAAUAAUGUGUAUCAUUGUAAAGCUUUGAAAAGUUGUCACAGUAUCAGUUACAUCUUUCGUCAUUAUAUCAUCUUCAGUAUUAUAAUGCUGUUAGGAAUGAUUCAAUUACUAUACAUACAACAUUUAACUUCAAUCAAACCUCGGUCGAAUUCAUUUUAAUUCAGCAUACAUAAAUACCAAUUCAGUUAAUUGCCAUUCAUCUAAUUGUUUUUAAUGCACUUUCAGUGUCGCAGAACCUUGAUCAGACAUUUU